AGGAACUCUUUUCCUGCUCCUUUCCUGGUUGCAGCAAACAGUAUGACAAAGCCUGUCGCCUGAAAAUUCAUCUGAGAAGUCAUACAGGUGAAAGACCUUUUAUUUGUGACUCUGACAGUUGUGGCUGGACCUUUACCAGCAUGUCUAAACUCCUGAGGCACAAAAGGAAACACGAUGAUGAUCGGAGGUUUAUCUGCCCCGUGGAAGGCUGUGGGAAGUCAUUCACGAGAGCAGAGCAUCUGAAAGGCCACAGCAUCACCCACCUGGGCACAAAGCCGUUCGAGUGUCCUGUGGAAGGGUGCUGUGCCAGGUUCUCCGCUCGUAGCAGUCUCUACAUUCACUCCAAGAAACACCUGCAAGACGUGGUUGCUCCAAAAAGCCGUUGCCCGGUGUCCAGCUGUAAUAGACUCUUCACCUCCAAGCACAGUAUGAAGGCACAUGUGGUCAGGCAGCACAGCCGGCACUCAGAUCUCUUCCCUCAGCUAGGAGCUCCAAGUUCUCUUACACCCAGCAGUGAACUAAGCAGCCCAGGCCAAAAUGAGCUCAACAACAUUGACCUGGCCGCGCUCUUCUCUGAUGCACCUGCUGAUGGGAGUAGUGCAGCAGGGGCCUCGGACGAGGCGCUGACCUCUGGAAUCCUGACUAUUGAUGUGACUUCUGUGAGCUCCUCUCUCAGAGGGAACCUCCCUAAUAAUAGUUCCUUAGGGCCGAUGGUCUUGGUGGCCCACAGUGACAUUCCUCCCAGCCUGGACAGCCCUCUUGUUCUCGGGACAGCAGCCACAGUUCUUCAGCAAAGCAAUUUCACUAUGGAUGAUGUGCAGACUGUAAGUGCAGGAUCAUUAGGCUGUCUGGUAGCUCUGCCUGUGAAGAACUUGGGUCAGGACCCACAGGCUUUGACCUCCAGCAGUUUACCAGCGAACACCACCACACUGACCUCUUCAAGCACCCCACCAGGAGACACCAGUGUCCCAGAACUGCUGACUUCAAUCAAAGUGGAACCAGACUCGCCUCCUGGCCCUGGUGCUGUCAGGCAGCAAGAACGAAACAGAGAGCUGAGUGACGGGCUGCCUCGAUUCUCUGAGCACAGAUGGUGUGUGGUGAAUGGGUUACAGGAAAGUGGGGGCUCAGCAAGAACUGAUUCCCGAGCCAUUCAACUAGCCAAGAAAAAAAAGCAGAAAGGAACUGGGAGCAAUGCAGGAGCCUCAGGGUCUACUCAGAGAAAAAUGAAAGGUGGCAAAGUCACUCCUACUCACUUGUAUGCAAACCAGAGUGGUUGGUUGUGUGGGAACCUUGUGGUGCCCGGCGGAGGUCUGCCAGGACCAGCUCCAGCAGCUGGGGUGCAGUGUGUUCAGGUCCAGUUACUGCAGGAUGGCCCCUCAGGUGAAGGAGUCUUGCCGGUGGUGCUGAGCCCGCAGUCUCCCACCUUCCACCCCCUGCUCGCCAUUGGUGUGCCCGUCUAUGUCCUCCAGGAGGUGCAUCCUGCUGCCGGAGGGGCUUCUGGGCCUGAGGACACGCACAGCACAGGCAGCACUGUCAACCUACAGGACCUGCAGUGAAAGCUGCCCUCUACUGGGGGACCCAAGGGCGACGCCUCCCAUCUGUGUCCCCGAGAGACUCUGUUACGUGGUCUUGCAGGCCUGGCUGAGAGCCCACUUGGUUUCUGCUCAGAAGGCCAGCCUAGCUCUUCAGAGACUUUUGGGUACACUCAUUGAACAUGUUUUUUCUUACAUUCUAUCAGGAACCAGUUAGGGGCCGUUCUGUUUAAAACUGCCUUGUCUAAGCAAAGUGCUUCAGUGAGGCAAAGAUUGCCUUCCUAGCAAAGCACACCCCUCUUCUGUACUUGUGCCUGUGUGCGCACAUCCCUUGUCCCAUUCAUCUGAGCCAUGGAGCACCAGUUGCAUUUACAAAAACAGACUUGUGCAGGAAAUAGAGAACAGGUCCCCUAGUCAAAUACAACUUCAUCUGUAGUAAACCCAGAAGGAGUCUUUCAGCUUUGGGGUCUCAGCAUUUGCCCUGAGAGAGAUCUAAAUGCCCUGCUUUCCCUUUCUGAGAGCUAUGUGACAGGCUGUUUCCCACCCCUUUGAAUGGUGCUUGUAGCGGGGUUGACUUUUGUCACACUGUGGGGCAGAAGUGGGCUUGUUGUCACAGGAAGCCGAAUUCUCAUCCAUGUUCUGGCAGACCAGGCAGGCUGCUGGUGUGAGAGGAAAUUAUUGAGGUGAAGUGGACACAUCGGGGGCCCUGUUUGUGAGCCCUCUGUGUAGACCAAAUUUUGAGCUCACAGUUUGGAGACGGUAGAAUUAAAACAUUCAAAAUAAUUUUUUUUUAAUUCUGUAUUUGGGUACUAAUGUUUAAUAAUAAUUUGACGAUGGUUUAUAAAGUCAUGUUCAGAAUACUAUAAAUUAUGUGCAGGAUUGUAAUGAUGGCAUGUAUAUGUUUUUGUUGAGGUUGAAGAUGUGCAUAUCAUGUCACCACGUAUUUUGCAGUGUUAAUUCUGUCUUGCAAAAGGAGACGAGUUGAUAACCUUGCACAUAUUUAUUUGUUAAUUGGUUAGUGGACUGGACACGAUCACUCAGAAAUGCUGUGUUUGCCUUAUGCCUUUUGAAGUGUGUGUUUAUUAAGAUGCUACUUUGGUUCUCAGAGUUGGAAUCAUCCAAACUCUGCCCAUCCUGUGUUUCUUUGUUUCUUGAGUGUUUGGACUUGGGCUCUUGGGUGACCUAGCACUCAAUUGGAAUUCCUCUCUGUCCUAUUCUGAGGUGCCAUCCCCUCCUGCUCAGUGCUUCUCUAGCUGAAGGAAUUUAGGCCCCAUUUAUAAAUGGUUCAUACAGAACUCUGUGCUGCUUCACAAACAAUUUCUGUGCUCAUGUGGCACCUCAGCCUCCAGGUCCUCCAGAAAUCCCCUCCCUCUCCAAGGAGCCAGGCCUGUCGGCCAGGGUGGCCAUACCUCACUGACCUCCUGAAGGAGGACGUAUUGCUGGACCUUUCUCCAGCACGUCCCCCAGUGAAUGUCCACUACAAAGUGAUUGGUACUGACUGUCAGUUUUCUGGGCACUGAGGUCCCCUGUUGGCAGUGGACCCAACCCUAGUGCAAAUGAAUAAAAGUUUUUGUAUAGUUACAUA